CUCAUUGCGGCGCUGCGGACAUCGCGAACAGCUCUCUCUGUGUAACAACCCCCACCCCCCCCCCCACCGCAACAAACAGCAGGCAAGAUGUCCAAGGGACCAGCAAUUGGUAUUGAUCUUGGGACAACCUACUCCUGUGUAGGUGUCUUCCAGCAUGGAAAAGUUGAAAUUAUUGCCAAUGACCAAGGCAACCGAACCACUCCAAGCUAUGUUGCCUUCACUGAUACAGAGAGGCUCAUUGGUGAUGCAGCCAAGAACCAGGUGGCAAUGAACCCAACCAACACUGUCUUUGAUGCCAAACGCCUUAUCGGCCGCAGGUUUGACGAUGCCGUUGUUCAGUCUGACAUGAAGCACUGGCCAUUCUGUGUCAUCAAUGAUAGUGGCCGUCCCAAGGUUGAAGUUGAAUACAAAGCUGAAAAGAAAUCCUUUUAUCCAGAAGAAGUGUCUUCCAUGGUGUUGACUAAAAUGAAGGAGAUUGCUGAGGCCUAUCUUGGCAAGACUAUUACAAAUGCAGUCAUCACAGUACCAGCUUACUUCAAUGAUUCUCAAAGACAAGCAACAAAGGAUGCUGGUACAAUUUCUGGCCUCAAUGUGCUGCGGAUCAUCAAUGAACCAACUGCAGCAGCCAUUGCUUAUGGCUUGGACAAGAAGGUUGGUGCUGAAAGAAAUGUACUGAUUUUUGACCUGGGUGGUGGUACCUUUGAUGUCUCCAUCUUAACCAUCGAAGAUGGCAUAUUUGAAGUCAAAUCUACAGCUGGUGACACCCACCUUGGUGGGGAGGACUUUGACAGCCGUAUGGUCAACCAUUUUAUUGCUGAAUUCAAACGAAAGUACAAGAAAGACAUCACUGACAACAAGAGAGCUGUUCGCCGUCUCCGCACUGCUUGUGAACGUGCCAAGCGUACCCUGUCAUCCAGUACGCAAGCUAGCAUUGAAAUUGACUCUCUGUAUGAGGGUGUUGAUUUCUACACUUCCAUCACAAGGGCACGAUUUGAAGAGCUCAAUGCAGACCUCUUCCGAGGCACACUUGAUCCUGUUGAGAAAUCCUUGCGAGAUGCCAAGAUUGACAAAGCUCAAAUCCAUGACAUUGUUCUGGUUGGUGGAUCCACCCGCAUUCCCAAAAUCCAGAAGUUGCUGCAAGAUUUCUUCAAUGGCAAAGAGUUGAACAAGAGCAUCAACCCUGAUGAGGCUGUUGCAUAUGGUGCAGCUGUGCAGGCUGCCAUCUUGGCUGGUGACAAAUCUGAGGCUGUGCAAGAUCUACUGCUGUUGGAUGUUACUCCUCUAUCAUUGGGUAUUGAGACAGCUGGCGGUGUAAUGACCACAUUAAUCAAGCGCAACACCACCAUUCCAACAAAGCAAACUCAGACCUUUACUACCUAUUCUGAUAACCAACCUGGUGUGCUGAUCCAGGUGUAUGAGGGUGAAAGAGCCAUGACUAAGGAUAACAACUUGCUGGGCAAGUUUGAGCUGACUGGAAUUCCACCUGCUCCACGGGGUGUGCCUCAAAUUGAGGUGACAUUUGAUAUUGAUGCCAAUGGUAUCUUGAAUGUGUCUGCAGUGGACAAGAGCACUGGAAAGGAAAAUAAGAUCACCAUCACAAAUGACAAAGGUCGCUUGAGCAAGGAAGAUAUUGAACGUAUGGUCCAAGAAGCUGAAAAAUACAAAACUGAAGAUGACCAGCAGCGUGAAAAAGUUGCUGCCAAAAAUGCUUUGGAAUCUUACGCUUUCAACAUGAAGGCUACAAUUGAGGAUGAGAAACUAAAAGGAAAAGUUGGGGAUGAUGAUAAGCAGAAGAUUUUGGACAAGUGUAAUGAAGUUAUCAGCUGGCUAGACAAGAACCAGACUGCUGAAAAGGAUGAGUAUGAACACCAACAGAAGGAGCUGGAGAAAAUCUGCAAUCCUAUCAUCACAAAGUUGUAUCAGGGUGCUGGUGGACCACCAGGGGGCUUUCCUGGUGCUGGCAGUGCUCCUUCUGGUGCCGGUGCAUCGUCUGGUCCAACAAUUGAAGAGGUUGACUAAAGAAAACAGCAUGUCUAUUGGUCAUUCGUGUUUGACUGGGAUUGGCUAAUAAGUGCACUUAGAUCAGUUUACAAGACAUGUAUUUUAAGACUCAUGGAACUGUUAAGUGCCAAAGUUUUUGGAUGCACGUGAACAUCAAUAUAAAGAAUACUUGUCACUCUUAAUAAAACCUUAUGACCAGAA